AACAGCAGACCGUCAAGAAGGCCAGACAUGAGUUCUCAGGGCAAGCGUAGGAGCGGCGCAACUACAUACGGCAACGACCGGAGCAGCCGUAUUGAGAAGAACUCACGAGAAAAAUCACGUCACAGAGCUCUGAUGCGGUGCCUUGAUGAGCUCGUGGACGAGUUGCCGAUAGAUAAAAGAAUCUUCAAAACCAGGAUAUCGCAACUCAACAGGAUCAUAGCAUACUUCUAUUACUUGGAGGACACCGUCCAAGCCAUCUGCAAGCAGCAAGGCAUUCCCUUGCCCGCGGACUACCAGCGUUUGUUGGCCAAUCGAAGCUGCCAGUCAAAGGGGAACUGCAAGUGUCGCAUAGCCCUCGCGAGAAGGGCGGCCGCUUUCAUAGAGUGCAACUACGCUCAGUCGACGGCUGGUGAAGGCCAAGACGCCGUCGUCCCGGACAUCGAGUUCCCGCCAGACAUGCCCAGCAGCCGCGAGCGGGAAACGGGAGAGUGGGAACGAUACGGCAUAUCCAAGGAGGACUGGAUGGCCGCGGGGUCUUCACAGCAGAACACCCCGCAGUCGCCGAAUUGGUCAGCUAAUAUGUGGCCAGAGAAGACCUUCGUGGACGUCAUGUGCAGUAGCUCAACUGCAACUCCCUUGAAAGGAAGCGCCCGAAUAUUUCAUCGUCUCCCCGAACGGAGAUGUGACAUCCUUGGGAACAUUGUCCUCGUUGCCUGAACAUCAAGGCACGGAACGAAGUUUCCCGUGAAGCUCAAUCAAUCUUGCACUUUGGCCACCAAAAUGUAUGCUGACAGACGUUCGAACUGCUUUUAACCUUCCUUCAUGAUGUUUGGCCAGUAUAUAUGCAUUUCGGUGUUUCUAAUCGUCCUUUCUGUGCCUUGUGUUUGUUUUUUUCUAACAGUUUUACACAAUGUAUAUACUUAACAUAUCACUGCUUCGUUUUGUUCCUAUUGAGAUUUUGGGAUGGGAGCUGACCUUUCUUUUGUGCAUCGGGAAAUAAAUAAGAAUUUGUUGAAAUAGUUAAUAGCCUUCACUAUUCGUUAAGUCAAAUGAUUGCCUGAUUCAUAUGGGUUCUAACUUUUACACAGGCAGAGACGCCAACACACAUUCUUGCAAUAACCUCACAUUUUUGGAAUGAUUUUUCUCGUAAUCUCGAGCAAUGCUGUGAGGUGCUCUUUACUGAGAGAUGUGAACGAACAUACGCAAUAACGGUGUCAGGAAUGUUUUCUUACAAAAAACCAAGUACGUAUGUGUGUUUGUUAAAUUGCAUUUUGUAGAUUAUAAAACAGAAAACACAGUUCACUGUAAAGCAUUCCAGCGUAUAGGCUAAGUGCACUGAAAAAGUCACUCCCUAUGUAUCAGAUAAAGCAGCUGUGCCAUCUGUAAAACUGUCCACCACAAACUUUUACUGUUUUAGUUAGUGAGCUGGCCACAUGUGUAUCUUAUUGUUAUUGCUGAGCAAACUUUACUUUUCAUCAAUACUUUAAACAUUUUGUUGCAGAGAUUUUAUGUAGAAUGUUUUUUAUCUUUAGAUUGUUAUACCGUUUAUUGGAUUUUAGCUGUAUUUUAGUAUUUUAGAUUUUAUUGACAUAGUUGUUUCUCAUGUUCAAGUUAGUCCUGAGAUGAACAUUUGCAAUGCCUAGUGAGUCACAUGUAUUUUAAUGCCCAGUAGCAAGGUGCAAACCUGUACCAUGCUUAAUUCCGUAAUAUAUCGUGGCACGUAUUCUCCCCAAGUGGCAUGUCUCGUGUCACUUUAACUGAAAGAGGCAACGGGACUUUUGUUGAAGCGUUUGUUGAGCUGUACAUAUUGUACAAGUAGGCAACUGAAAAGCCACUGCCGGUACAGCAGGGCAGUGGUGUAAUAUACGUCAUUGUGCAACCUUUCCGCUGUUGCAACUGUGUUUAACUGUUGUAUAUUUAUUAUUGCUUUUUGUGGGACUAUUUGUGUUUUAUUUUUGACGAACAUUCCCAACCUGAUAGUUGAAAGUGUGCUCAUUUUAAGCCAUUCUUUGUUGGUUAAUAAUUGCACAUUUCCUCAAGACAAUAUUCUAAAUGUUCUUUGUAUUUCAAGUCUAUUUAGGCAUUGCAACUGUGUUUGCUUUUGUUUGUUCACUGCUUAUCCAUUGUUGUUUAAAACAUUAUUUAUAUAGAUUGUUGAGAGCGCUAGACAUCUUUGAAGCUGCCAUCUUCUGGUAAACGUAUUUCUAGUCAAGAGUCACUGGAAGCCUUUCGUUAUUCUUUGCAAAGUUUACUCUCACGACAUCCUGUUUCUCAAAGUGCAUAAAAUGCAGUUUGAGGUUACUACAGUGUUCUAACGUUGUACAAACAGCGUGUGUUACUCUAAAUCUGUUUGGCAGAAUUGCUGGAAAUUGAUGAACUGCUACCUCACUUUUCGGCAGCAAAACAAACAACUGUUAUGUUUGCUCAGUUUUCU